AUGCGAUCAAGUUUAUCCCUCCAGAGACUCGGCCGGUCGGUUCCUCGCUCUGUCAUUGCGUUAUCACGGUUCGCUGCUGUUUCGCGGCCGUUCUCGAGCUUCGGAGCCUCGCUCGACCGCACACCCCCGCGGGGAUGGACACCAACGCCCUUCGUAACGGAGACAGUGGGAGGUGGCUGGCACACCUCACCCUCUCACCCGAUCUCUCCACAGGAACGUAUCAUCUGCCUCAAUGGCGAGGUCGACGAGACCAUGUCUGCCUCCAUCGUCGCCCAGCUCCUCUUCCUCGAAGCAGACAAUCCCAAGAAACCAAUCCACCUAUACAUCAACUCACCAGGUGGCUCUGUCACAGCAGGUCUCGCAAUCUACGACACAAUGACCUACAUUGCCUCCCCUGUUAGCACCAUCUGUGUCGGCCAAGCCGCAUCCAUGGGCUCACUGCUGCUCUGUGGUGGUGAAGCUGGCAAGCGCUACUGCCUGCCGCACAGCUCGAUCAUGAUCCAUCAACCAUCGGGAGGAUAUUUCGGGCAGGCGACCGACAUUGCGAUUCACGCGAAGGAGAUCCUGCGUGUGCGCAAGCAGCUGAACCAGAUCUACCAGCGCCACUUGACGGGCUCGAAGCAGCUGUCUCUGGACGAGAUCGAGCGGCUGAUGGAGCGGGAUUACUUCAUGGGCGCGAAGGAGGCGCUGGAGAUGGGCAUCGUUGACGAGAUUCUGGACCGGAGGGUUCAGGCUAAGGCACAGGGUGGGGAGGGUGAGGGGAAACCGCCCGCUGUUUAG